AUGGAGAGUAUUGGGCAAGCUACACUCACCGGAAGCAUCACUCCGGCCACAAAACUCCUCGUCGAAUUAAACCUUGCGAGCGUGACAAUCCGAGGAGAGAUUUUAUUGCUCACGAACAUUGAAGGGGUGAUGAAAACGACUCUUUUUGAAGUGGUGGAUGGUGACAUGGGAUAUAAUAUUAUUCUGGAAAGAUCAUGGUUGCACGAGAUGAGAGUUGUAUCGUUAAAAUAUCAGUCGUUGCUGAAAUUUCCAACACAUGAAGGAAUUAAACAGAUAAGGGGCGACCAACCGGCGGCAAAGGAGAUGAAUGCAAUUUCAAUCUCCAAUAGCAAAGGGAAGGAACACGCGGCAUAG